UCACGGACGCCGUAGUGCUCGCGCCGCCAAGGAGAGAGAGAGCGAGCAUGGCGCAGGCAGGAGCGCACGACGAGGGCGAUGAGCACUCUCGGUCAAUGCCAUCUCCGUACGUGAGCUUGGUAGACAGACAAGCCGGCGCUCAUGGGGGUAAACCGCCCAAGGCGGAAGGGGCAACAGCAGCAUCGUCCCUGCGCGGCAACGGUGCCGGAGCGCAGCAAACCGGGCAGGGCGCCAACGACAAGCUACUGGUGAAGAGGACGCUGGUGGCCCAGAGCAAGAAGAUCCAGCAGCUGACCGCUAAGAUCGACGGGAUGGAAAGCGAGCGCGAGGCCAUGGCGCAGCAGGUUGCCGCGUUGCGCCUGGCAGUCUUCGAGGCUAGCACAAGAGCGGAGCAAACCGCGGAACAGUACAAGCGAGAUGCGGUGGAGGCGGCAGUGCGCGAGAUUGCUCAAGACAGGGAAGCUUUCGCCGAAGGCCGACGAGAAGCUGUGAAGCGAAUAGGAGAACUUGAGGACGCGCUGGAGAUCGCGCUGAAGGCGGCGGGGGGCGUUCACAGGAAGCUUCUGGAGCUCGGGCUGUCGUGCGAAGACCUCGGGAAGACUAGCGUGCACCUAUCGGUGGCGGCUCAGGAGGCGCCCGCGGAGGACAAGCCGGCGCUCGCCGUUGCAGGGGAAACAAUUGAAGCAGUUGUCGGAGUGAUGCGUGCGAUGGAACGAUCGGGAGUGUUUGACAUCCUCGAUCCGGUGGACGAUGAGGAGGAGGGGGAAACGGAGGAGGAAGGCGACGAGGAGGGACCCCCCCCCCCCUUAGUGCUCCCGGACAAGCCUCCUGCUAGCGGGGAUGGAGCACCCUCCGUCGAGGCGUUGGUAGGUACCGCUGCUCCCGUCGCUGUCGAUGGUGGCGCCGCUGACGGUCCGAUUGGAGACUUGGUUGUAGGUGCCAACAACCAACAUGUCAACACAACAACGCAACCAGCGGCGGCGGCGGCGCAACCGCUAGCUGGCGAUGCAGCAUCUCCUGUGUCUGCUGCGAUUGCUGCAAGGUCACACGGGCCGGAGGGAACAGCAGGCAGCGUGGGACCCCCCGAGCAUCUUGUUAAUAAUUCGGGAGACGCGUCGGAGCGACAGCAACGAGAAGGGCAAGCGCCAGCGAGAGGGGCGACAGCAGAACUCCCGCUCCAGCAGGCUUUCCGCGUCGACGGGAGCAGUACCACAAGAAUGGAAACGCCGCAGGAGGGGCUGCUGCAAGCGCCGCGAGAUCAGGAGCCGGCAGAACUACCGGGGCCAGCGAACCUCGAAACAAGGCCGGAGGGUGGAAGGAACACCGGUGGUGUUGACAACGGUCAGCCGCCAGGUGAUAUUGCCGCCGGCGAUGCAAACGACCGGACAUCAGGCUUGGUGGGGGGAUCAUCGGCGUUAGAAUAGCGAGAUGGCCAUUAACCACACCAAGGUGGUCACUGUGGUAUAUCUGCGCCGCGGAGGGAGUUAGAUGACGCCGCUGCGAAGCAACAGGGAGCGCGGGAGCCAUCAGCACUCGUCGCUCUCGGCGAGUCGCCGCCGCAGGGUGCGGCAGCGCGGACGGGGAACGAGAUCAGCGGCGAGUGCACGAAAGUCAUGAGCCGGAGCCGGUUGGGGCGGAUAUAUGGAACGAACGGGUGGGGUGGGGUGGUGUCGGGUGGGGGAGUUUGCCAAUGCCGUUAGAGGGGGAGGGGGGGGGGAUCGCUACAAGACCUUCCGUUAGACAAACGCCUAUCGUUGGGGGUCUUGAGACUCAGGUAUCUAAGUUGGCGGCUGCGAUGUCCGGUGUGAUUGUGGUAAAUCCGAGUUAAAGGAGUGAGACGUUCCGAGUUUUAUGGCUGUCCCGCUUAGUACUCUAGGUAUCGUGUACAAAAAUUAUUAUAUAUAUAGAUUGCCGUUGGCCACGGCUGCUUCCCCAGUUCCAUUUCUCGACGAGAGGCUAGUCGUGACUUCAGCCGCGGCAGAAAUCCAAUUUGUAGUUAGGCAAUACAAGUCAAGUCACGACUGCCGUUUGCCGUCGUCGGGAAUGAUGACACUGCUGUUGCGGGCACGGCCAGCAACUGCCAUGGUCUUGGGUAUGUUUUGGUUAUUUGGGAGGUCCUCCUGAGGGCAGUAUGAGUUAGCUGCCCCCUUUGUAGCGUUGGUAGCAGACAGCAGUACCGAACGCGACUCGCGAUGGUUAGAGAGACAAGUAUGAUGCAUGGACAGCAACAGCAGCAGCAGCAGCAGCAGCAGCAGCAGCAGCAGCAGCCGUGGCCAUGACAGCCUCGGCCUCGGCCUCUCGCUCCGUCCUUAGUUUAGACGGCAUUUAGAUGUUGGCGUUGUUGUGACAAGCGUCUUGUGCUUGCAGCGGGUUCGAUUCGCCACACGCACCUCAAUUUGUCGGAUGACGUUCUCCCUGUGUUGCGAAAGUCUGGAAGUUGCGCAGAUCUGGAAAGCUUUUCUUGUGUUCGGUCUUUUGGAGCGUUUUUCGUUUUUAUUGUCGUUUGUAGAGGAGUUUUGUUUUGUUGCCCGGAGACAGGCACCGCGGUGUGGUACCAAUAGAAA